UCCGGAAAGGCCCCGGAGGCAGGAACUUGGGAAGGGAGUCGGGGCUCUCUACCGGGUUGGGAGGGGCUUGUUUCUGAGCCCCGGGGUCCCCAUCCGCUGAGGAGAUGGAUGAGGAUGGGCUUCCUCUCAUGGGCUCAGGCAUAGACCUGACCAAGGUGCCAGCCAUUCAGCAGAAAAGAACCGUGGCCUUUCUCAACCAGUUUGUGGUGCACACGGUGCAGUUUCUCAACCGGUUUUCCACAGUCUGUGAGGAGAAACUGGCAGACCUUUCUCUUCGAAUUCAACAAAUCGAAACAACUCUCAACAUUUUAGAUGCGAAGCUGUCGUCUAUCCCAGGCCUCGAGGACGUCACCGUUGAGGUGUCUCCUGCAAGUGUCACUGCUGUCCCAAGCGGAUCACAUUCUGAGAGCCCUUCAGAGCAGCCGCAGCAGGACAACGUACAAGACUCCAGGCCACAGGAAAGUGAAGUUCCAUCAGAAAAUGUCAUAACUGUAGCCAAGGAUCCACGAUAUGCCAGAUAUCUCAAGAUGGUUCAAGUGGGGGUUCCAGUGAUGGCAAUCAGAAACAAAAUGAUAUCCGAAGGGCUGGAUCCAGACCUGCUGGAAUCCUUGUGACAGUCUGUCCAGCUGGAGCACUCCUCCACCCCGCACUCCCCGGGCGUUCAGGCUGUGCUAGCACUAUGCUCUGGAAUUUUUCUUGGCUCCAGCACUUCAGGAAAAGGUGUGCAUUUUGGAAAUGAAAUAUCAUAAAAGUCAUCUUCUCAUAUUUUUAUCUUCAAAAAUGUGAAACUCAAGAAUGCCUGUAACGCUGCCAACAGUGGAUUCCCAACAUGUCUGUCCGUUUGGUGUGUUUCCUAGUGGCCGAGGACUGACUCCAACAGCGUGGCUGGGUGAACUGAACACAGUAUAUCUGGGCAUGUUUACUGUGUGUUCUGGAAAUUGUUUCUGACAUUUGAAAAGUAGAUGAAUUGUGGCAUGUAUUUUAAUAAGAAAGGAACAUUUGGAUUUAGUCCCUUUGGGUAUUUGAUUGUAUAAGCACAUUUACCAUCAAUUGGGAUGUUUUUGGCUUCUGGAAGUACACAAUAGGCCAUAAAUAGUAACAAAGGACCUUUAAAAUGGUGAUGUUUCACUCUGGAGAGACAGGAAAGCCCGUGUCCUGUAAGCAUCUCCAGUCCUCGGCCGCUGAUGGCUUCAUUCUUCUCCUUCCCGGAUGAAGCCUAGCACACGGUCCUUUUAUUCACCCUGCCCACACCUUUGCUCCCUGCCUCUCCCCUGUCCUGUGAUGUCAGUCGCUAUGGUUUUUCUCGGUUUGGGUGUCGCCUCCUCCUUCCACAUGCCUGCGCACCUCUUGCUGUUCCCGUGACCCUUCAUUUCUCACCUGGUUAUCGCAGUAGCACCUGAUUGGCUUUUGUGUUCGCCUUCAAGCCCUCCCAAUAAAGCCACGUGUAUUUGUUCAUAACUUCAUUCUUGCCUUCGACACAUAGUGUCUAACUGCUACGUGCAAAUGCUUUUCCCAUCGCGUCCUGGGUUGCUUCUCAAGCUCUUGCUGAUUCUGUUCAUGUUCAUUUUGUGCAGCUGUUGCAAAUGACCUGUGUUUUUCUGAAUAUAUCAUCUUUCUACUCCCUUUUGACGUUUUUAACUCCCCUUGGAACCCCUUUCCCCUAUCUUAUUGGCCUAGGUAACUCCUUAUUCAAGAGUGUUCGGAAUUGUCACCUUAAGGGAUCUGUAAGCGGUUAUCCACCGGAGAAGCCCACACACACCCAGUGUGCUCUUACACACCCUUAGCAAUGGCACAGUGUAUGUCAUUGUCUGUAAAUGCUGAGAAACAUUCAGAUGUGAGGUGGAUGCCAACUUGUAGGGUAGGAUUCCAGUAACAGCAUGGCCUUACCAAAAGGCUGCUUCUCAACUACAGCCGAGAGGCUGCCUUCUGGCCCAUUACCUCAUAGGUACAGGCCACUGGCCACCAGGGGCACUGGUCGGAGUGGACUGACUCACACAGUCACCGCUACAACGUCUCCAUUAGCUUAUUGUGAUGUAGCAGCCACCUUGUUCACAGAGGAAGUCUGGGGCUGCGGAAUCCGGAAUCCCAGUUACACAGUUAGGGACCUUCACUUGGGGAGAGAAGUUUGGCGUGGCAUUCAAGAAGGAAACGUACCAUCCAAGGGGAACGUAGUUUUAUUUAGAAUCUUAGGUACAAAAUAAGCCUCGUCCAAGAACUUUGAGUAAAGAGCGUCCUGAUUCUCUUUUCUUUAAAAGUAUAAAUGCACACUUUCUGUUUUUAUUAGCUCCAGGUAGUAAGGCAAACUCGUAUAACUAACUGUUGGGAGAGCUGGUCUAGAUCUGUCUGGUCUGGACAGAGAGCAGACCUGGAGUUGAGGGAGAAACAACCCGGUCACAUAACCCGGUCAUGUCGGACUGGCUGCUGUACCUCCAGAGCUGGAGACAGAAAGCACUGUCUUAGAGGAGAAGUUCGCAUGAGGAAGCCUGGCAGUUUACUGCAAAAUUAUGGCCAUCCUUGAAUUUGAGAUGUCUACAAAACUGAUGAAAAUGUUUGAUAAUUACCAAACAAGUAUUUGUUUGAUGCUUCUAAUUGUUCUAAUUACUUUAAAAAAAAUCCCCAGCUUCUCAAGAUUAGUUUUGAUGCUACUGACAUAAAAAGACAUGGGGAUGUCACUGUAUUCCUUAGUUUAAGGUGAAAUUGAAACUUAAUUAACCUCUAUUCAGAGAUUAAUCUGCUUUAAUGUUGUCCCCAGGAAUACAGAAUGGGUAAAUCAUACUUUUAAAACUUUGAAUCAAUGCCUAGAUUUCCUUACCAGGAAACAGAAAUUUCACCCCUUUGUGUCUCAGAACUAAUGUCAGAAUUACCCAAAGAACAGACUGUUUACUUUUACUCUGUGUUGGGGAUCAGAUCUGAAGCUGAGCAAGCUAGUCAGGUGCUGCUCACCUGGGCUCCAUCCCACCCGUCCUGGCUGGUUUCAUGUCAACUUGACACAAGCUAGAGUCAUCAGAGAGGAGGGAGCCUCAAUUGCCUCCGUAAGAUCUGGCUAUAGGGCAUUUUCUUAAUUAGUGAUCAUUGGGGAGGGCCCAGCCCAUUGUGGAUGGUGUCAUCGCUGGACUGGUGGUCCUGGGUUCUAUAAAAAAGCAGGCUGAGCAAAUCAUGAGAACACUAGAAAGUGUGGUACUUUUUAUCUCAGCAAAUCUCCCUGUUCUCCAAAGAAAUCCCUGUACCCGGGACUCCACCACUGAGACACAUUGUCAUCCCAACUUUGUCUGAUUUUUUAAAUUUUUAUUACUUUGAAAUUUAAAUAUGUAAGUGGUGUCUUUUUAAAACCAUUUCUACUCCUCCCUCCAACUCCUUAUGUACCCACAAACUCCCUCUCAAAUUUAUGAACUCUUCUAUAAUUUUUAUAUGUAUAUCUACCAACUCCCUCUCAAGUUUAUAACUUGUUUUAUAAUUUUAAUGUGUCUGUAUACACACAAUGCAUAUUUAUAUGUCUGUACACAUAUAUAACUACAUAGUGUAUCCUACUUAAUCCAUUUAGGGUUGUUCCUGUGUGUGUUGUAGGCUGACUGCUUGGGGUUGGGCUGGAUAACCCAGUUUUCCCCUUCACAGCUGCCAUUGAACAGCCUGUAGCUGUUCAUCCAGGGUCUGCACGUUCAUUCCCAGCUGCCCAGACCCGAAUAAUCACACAGAAACUGUAUUAAUUUCAACACUGCUUGGACUAUUAGCUCAGGUUUCUUAUUAAGUAACUCUUACAUCUUAAAUUAAC